AUGUCUCCUCACUGGCCACUCCUGGGCGUAUUCUGCUUGCUAGGGGGGCUGUGUGUGGCUCUUUACCAACAUUCUGGCCGCUCGAAAACGCUGCCGCUCCCCCCGCAACCCAGUGGCGGCCUGGUCCUGGGAAACCUGUUAGAAGUUCUCAGAGCAAGUAAGGAAAGUCUCCAGCAUAUAUUGAUGCAAGAAUGGGCGCGGGAGCAUGGCGAAGUCUGUCGUGUGCGCCUCGGUCCGGAGAUUAUGGAUCGAUCAUCGGCGAUAUCAUCAGAGCGCCCGCGGUGGAUUGUCAGCAACGAACUCAUCUGCAACCGGCUCAACGUCCUCUUGCUUCACGGAAGUGAUCCGCGUUGGAAGGUAAGACCAAAUUUCAGAUCUGGCCUGUCCACCGAAGCUAAGCUUGUUGAUUGUAGGAUCCUUCAAUAUGAGACAGCAAGGUUUCUUUAUGAUAUUGCGAAUAACCCAGAAGCCGGUCAGGAUGGUGUUCGGAUACUAAGGUUGAUUGCUCGCUAUACGUAUAGUGCUUUCGCAACACAGACCUUCGGCAUGGACAUACCUAACGCUGAUGAUCCUGUUAUUGAAUAUAUACACGAGACAGGUCUGGCGCAAAUACUGGGUACCAUCCCCGGAAUGCACAUGGUUGAUAUUUUCACGUGGUUGAAUUAUCUACCUCUCUGUCUCAAGCCAUGGGAGCGAGAUGCCAGGAAACGAUCCAAGCGAGACUUGGAAUGGUGCAUGGCGCGACUGGAGAGAAUAAAAGAUCCCGCGUUUGCAGGGCAGUACAUGGCAGACGCCUUUCUUCCUUCCGUCAUCCAAGCCCCCGACCGUGGGGGCUUCACCACUGAGGAACAAGCAGCCUAUUUGUCACUUCAGCUUAUCAUUGGCGCGGCAGACACGAGCCAGAUCUCGACUUGGUCGUUCCUCGAAGCGAUGCUACAAUAUCCGGACGUCCAGCAGAAGGCACGAGCCCAGAUUGAGGCGGUGGUGGGCGAUCGCCUGCCCGACUUUGCUGACCUAGAGCGCAUUCCGUACAUUCGAUGCAUCAUGAAAGAGCUCUGGCGGUGGCGGCCCCCUGUAUCCCUCGGCCAUCCACACGUCACCACGAAGGACAUAAUCUAUAAGGGGCAACAGAUCCCUAAAGGUGCCCGGUUGCAUCUCAACGCAUGGGCCAUCUCACACGACCCGAAAAGGCACGAAGACCCAGAUCGUUUCUGGCCUGAAAGAUACGCUGAUGACCAUACAACAACAAUGCAGAGUAUCAACUCGUCGGACGUGACCAAGCGCGAUCACUUUGCAUUCGGUGCGGGCCGUCGUAUCUGCCCCGGCUAUCACGUCGCCGAACGAUCACUCGCCAUUGCGAUGAUGAGGAUCCUCUGGGCCUUCGAGGUUAAGUGGGCCGAGGGGACAAAACACCCUGUCGAUCCAUUGACGUACACGCGCCGCUCCGAGAUGCCUGGGAAUCCAUCGUCCAGACUUCCCGUCGCACUGCGAGUCUUGAACCAGAAAAAGGCAAAGAUUAUCAAUAACACGUUCCAGGCGCUGCAGCAAGAGCGAUUACCUAUAGCGACUCCUCUCACGCUAUAA